UCUCCCAAUCUAGUCUCUCUAGAUUUCAUUUUCAAGAAAGAACAGAAAAAAAUGAAGAACAAUUACAACAACAAUAACCAUAACCAAAAUAUGAUCUCAUUGUUUAAAAUGUUCAAUGCACCAUUACAUUUAUCAAAUCUAUUAUCUCUAGUACUUUUUUUCGCCUUCGGUUUAUGUUUUGGUGUCAUUUUAACUUUCCAACUUAAAAACGUGUCGUUUAACCUCCAAUUCACUCAAUUUUCUCUCUCUACCAGCACUACGACCACAAACAACACUGCAUCCAAUACAACAUUGGAUACAGUGUCACCACCGUCGCCACCAGCACCACCAGUCAAAAUUGGAUUGUCGAGUUAUUUGACACCGCCUCAACCUAUGCACGAUAUGACCGAUGAAGAGUUAUUAUGGCGAGCAUCCAUGGUCCCUAAGGUGAAAGACUAUCCAUUCAAUAGAACAAUUAAGGUGGCUUUCAUGUUUUUGACCAGAGGACCGGUCGUGUUGUCGCCUUUAUGGGAGCGGUUUUUCAAAGGCUAUGAAGGUCAUUACACCAUUUAUGUACAUAGCUCGGAUUUUAAUUCUACAGUGACCGAGUCAGAGAAAUCUGUUUUCCAUGGCCGGAGAAUUCCCAGCAAGUAUGUCGAAUGGGGAAAAGUUAACAUGAUAGAAGCCGAGCGUCGACUACUAGCAAACGCACUGCUCGAUUUCUCAAACCAACGAUUUGUCCUUCUCUCGGAAUCUUGCAUUCCCUUGUUCAACUUCUCGACGGUUUACUCUUACCUCACAAACUCGAACCAUAACUUUGUUGAGUCCUAUGAUUUGGAAGGGCCCGUUGGUCGUGGGAGAUAUAGUCAAUAUAUGGCCCCAACGGUUGAUAUUGAGGAAUGGCGCAAAGGGUCACAAUGGUUCGAGAUGAACCGUGACCUAGCCGUUGAGGUUAUAUCCGAUAAGAAGUAUUUUUCAGUUUUCCAUGACUUUUGUGAUGGCCAAUGUUAUGCGGAUGAGCAUUACUUGCCAACAUUUGUUACCAAGAUAUUUGGGAAAACCAAUUCCAACAGGACUUUGACUUUCGUUGACUGGGCGAGAGGAGGCCCCCACCCGACCAAGUAUACGAGAAACGAUGUGACCGAAGAGUUUUUGGAGAAGCUAAGAAAUGACAGGAGUUGUGAAUAUAAUGGACAGAAAAACCAUAUUUGUCACUUGUUUGCAAGGAAGUUCACAUCUCAUGCUUUGGAUAGAUUAUUAAGAAUUGCACCAAAGCUUAUGCAAUUCAACUUAUAGCUUUGAAAAUAUUCAUUUUUUGGUUAUUUUUCUUGAAAUUAUUUUAUUCUUAUAUACAUAUUGAACAAUUGGGUUCAAAAAUUGGAAAAAGUUUUCAUCAUACAUA